UGUUCUCUAGUACCUUGGUAAUGGCUGGGGCCAGGGAUCGAAGAUCUGCACUAGCCUAGAGAGUGAUGUGAACGGCUGCACUGGGAGGGGUUCGGGUCUCUGGACCGGGAGGUCAGAGUGAGUUCCCGAGAGGAGGCGGUGCCUCGCUCGCUCUGCUGAGGGAAUGGGAGAUCAGGGAGUUCCCUUGUUCCUAGCCCCGCCCCCAUGCUGUUUUCUCUGCCGAGAGCGUUUUUUGUCUAAAAACUGCUUGUUCUUGUAAGCCCAGUUUAGAUGCCGUCCUCUAUAUGAGGCUGUCCUGCCAUUCUGGCUGUAACGUCUUUCCUCCGUCGCCUUUUCACUCGCCGCCUCUCCAGAGUGCUACAACCCCUCUUCCACCGCCCGACACUUUCAUCAUCUAGUUUACCUCCUACCAGUUAUCUCCCCUGGGAGGCUUCCUCUGACUCCCAGGCCGGGCCAGGGCCCUUAGCUUAACCUGGUUGAUAGCAGAGUGGUCAUUCCCGUGUCUUUGUCCUCCCAGCCAGUGCGCGCUGGGGCAGGGACCAGAUUCCAUCUAUCUCUAGCUUGAGCGUAGGGGAGACAAGUACAAAGACAACUGAUUUGGGAGUCAGGACACCCACCCCCCCCAAUCAGAGUCAGACUCUGCCAGUUCCCAGCUGUGAGACCCUGACUUGAGCUUUUGAAGUUUGAUUCCUCAUCUGUAAGGUUGUUAAGGAGAAUUCAUGAAAGGUUUUGUUGCGGGGGAGGGGGGAGCACUUUGUAAACCAUCAGACGCCCUACAGAAGGGAGGGACUGAAUGAAUUUGGGACAGAGGAGUCUGCUAUGUUUAAAGAUGAGACUGAGGAAGAGAGAGGGAAUGUGACCCUCCCCUCCAAAAGUCACAGAGUAACUGGUAGAGCUGGACAAGAACCUAAGCCUGUAACUGAAGAGACCAGAGAUUUUUCUGUUACACUCUUGGGAAGCAAACCCUAAGAUCUUCGCAAAUUAUCUUGUGGGGGGGAAAAAAUGCCUAAAGUCAAAAGAAGCCGGAAAGCUCCCCCAGAUGGCUGGGAGUUGAUUGAGCCGACACUGGAUGAAUUAGAUCAAAAGAUGAGAGAAGCUGAGACGGAGCCACAUGAGGGGAAGAGGAAAGUGGAGUCUCUCUGGCCCAUUUUCAGAAUCCAUCACCAGAAAACUCGCUAUAUCUUUGACCUCUUCUACAAGCGGAAAGCCAUCAGCAGAGAACUAUAUGAAUAUUGUAUUAAAGAAGGCUAUGCAGACAAAAACCUGAUUGCAAAAUGGAAAAAACAGGGGUAUGAGAACUUAUGCUGCCUGCGGUGCAUUCAGACACGGGACACCAAUUUUGGGACAAAUUGCAUUUGCCGAGUCCCCAAAAGCAAGCUGGAAGUGGGCCGGAUCAUUGAGUGCACACACUGCGGCUGCCGGGGCUGCUCUGGCUGAGGCCCUUGGGCCUGGACCCCUCUCCACCCAGGACUUCGGACUUUCAGGUUUCUGCCUGUUGCGCCACCCCCUUUCCUGGGAGUAGCUCUUCUCGCCGAAGUGGUACCCCAGGCCCAAGUUGGAACUUGGUCUCUACUUGUAAAGGCUUUGGUGUUCAUCAGCUAUGAUUUAUAAAAAUAAAACUUUUAAAUCUCUGA